CGUCGCUAACUCUUCGAUAACCGCAGAUCAAAACACCAACCAACAAUCACCAUGAAAUUCCUGAUUGUCUUUGUCGCCCUCUUCGCCGUGGCUCUGGCUGCUCCUGCACAAAACCAAGAAGCCCAAAUCCUGCGGUCCGAGUCCGAUGUUGGACCCGACAGCUUCAAAUAUGAGUGGGAGACUUCCGAUGGACAGGGUGCUCAAGCUGAGGGUCAUCUGAACAACGCUGGAACUGAGAACGAGGCUAUCUCCGUCCGUGGAUCCUACAGAUUCGUUGCUGACGAUGGUGUCACCUACGAGGUUCAAUACAUCGCCGAUGAGAACGGAUUCCAGCCCCAGGGUGCCCAUCUGCCCGUUGCCCCUGAGGUCUAAGUCGUUCAAAAUUGU